AACCCGAAGCCCAAAGCCUCAUCAACUCAUCUGCGAUCGAAACCCACCUCGACCAGAGAUCUCGACGCGAGCGCUUCCCCAAGUCGACCGAAACCCUAGAGUAGAGACAGAGCGGCGGCCAUGGCGAUAAUCUCCGAGGACAUCAUGCAGGAGGACGAGGUUUCGACGCAGCCGCAGCAGGCGGCGGCGGCCGUGAAAGACAACAGCACGCAGGUAGAGAAGAAGGAGAAGGAGGAGAGCGAGGGGAGACAACCAAACUCCGGCAACGGCCUCGACCUGGAGAAGUACUCGUGGGCGCAGCAGCUACCAGAGGUGAACAUCUCCGUCCCCCUCCCGGAAGGAACGAAGGCGAGGUUCCUCGUCUGCGAGAUCAAGAAGGACCACCUCAAGGUCGGACUCAAGGGCCAGCCUCCGAUCAUCGAUGGUGAGCUGCACAAACCAGUUAAGGUCGAGGACUGCUUCUGGAGCAUCGAGGACGGGAGCUUGCUGUCCAUACUGCUGACAAAGCGUAAUCAGAGCGACUGGUGGAAAUCCCUGAUCAAAGGCGAUCCGGAGAUCGACACCCAGCGUGCUGAACCUGAGAGCAGCAAGCUCUCUGAUCUGGACCCCGAGACGAGGCAGACCGUGGAGAAGAUGAUGUUCGACCAGCGCCAGAAGCAGAUGGGCCUGCCCACCAGCGAGGAGAUGCAGAACCAGGACAUGCUCAAGAAACUCAAGUCCCAGUACCCUGACAUGGACUUCUCCGGGAUGAAGAUGCCUUCUUAGAUUGUCUCUUAGCUGGAGCCUGGAGGAUCUGAGGCGAUAAUGCGGAAGAUUUUUCGAUGGAGGAAACGCUUCUACCUUAAUUAGUAUAUCUAUUUGGGUGUCUUAGUAUUUUAAGUGUCUGUUUAUGCGUCUACGUACCGUUUGUAGUUUGCUAUUUGGAUGACUUGUGGUUUAUA